CACCAAGAAAGAGGCACCCGGAACAGAAUGUGGCCUUUGGACCUGGGGUCCCUGCACAGAGAAGCUCCUAGUCCAGGGGAAGAUUGAUGAGAAGGCCAACAAAGAGAGGAAGCCUUCCCCUGGAGCUGACACCCUGAAUUUGGACUUUUAGCCUAUUUUACCGUGAAGAAAUAAAUUUCUCUUUGUUAAAGCCAUCCACUUGUGGUAUUUCUGUUAUAGCAGCACUAGAUGACUAAGACAGAUUUUGGUGCUGAGAAAGUGGGGUGCUGCUGUAACAGAUACCUAAAAUGUGGAAGUGGUUUUGAAACUGUGAAUGGUUAGAGAACCAGCAGCAGCAGAGAAUCUGCAGUGGCAAAAACGGGGCAGCAGCAGCAGAACCAGGAGACUAGUGCAAGACGGUGCUGGAGCCGACCCAUGGAGCAAGACAGCUGAGUGCCUGUGCACAGGAGGCUUCCUGGCGGAGUGGGGGUGCCUCCAGGCACUUACUGGUGGAGCUACAGAGCUUUAGAACACUUGCCCCGCAGGGCAGACGCAGGCAUGAGGCCCAAAGACCCAAGAGGUCAAGAAGCCAGGAAACAGAAGCCGAAGAGGCAAAGAACACAAAAGAGCCGAGCUGCCUUAUCCUCAGAAGAUAAAUUGCCAUUGGAGCAAAACCAAGAUACCAGAAACGUGAACCCCCGCUCUUUGAACACUACCCACUGUGUUCGAACUCUUAAGCAAGGAAGUUAAAAGCUCACCUUCCCCUCUAACAACAUAUGAAAGUUGUUGUUUUGAAAGAGAACUCAUUACACUCAGACUUGAAGUGAUACCUGCAUUCAGAUUCAACCGUAUCUGCAACCCCCAUCCAAAAACUUUUUUUCUCGGUCAUGAGAAUUACCUCACCUGAAACUUGCUCUUCAAAUACUCAAGAAGCCUGUUCACAGAAAUGAAGCUGCUUUCUUACAAGCAAAUGCGGAAGUUGCCCUCCCUGAGUGCUUAGGCAACAGUUGGCAAAGGAAAUCGCCUCAGGCAACGUUGGCAAAGGAAAUCGCCUCAGGUGGCUGGUGGCUCAUUUCACAUCUUCUGUUGAGUGACUGCUGCCGAGGCUGACUGUCCUCCCCAAGAUGCAGUACCUAGAGGCGGAGGAGCUCCUGGUCGAUGAAGAGGAUAAUAUUUUUGAUGAAGGACUACCAGCCAGACACCCAGAAAUCAUGUUGGUAGGAUCCCAGUCCUACUCACCUGGAGGGCCCAAUGGGAUCAUUAGAAGCCAAUCCUUCGCGGGUUUCAGCGGCCUUCAGGAGAGGAGAUCCAGGUGCAACUCCUUCAUUGAAAAUACCUCUGCUGUCAAGAAGCCUCAGGCCAAACUCAAGAAAAUGCACAAUUUAGGACACAAAAGCAACAGCCCUCCCAAAGAGCCUCAACCUCAAAGGGUGGAAGAGAUCUACAGGGCCUUGAAAAAUGGACUUGAUGAAUAUCUGGAGGUUCACCAGACGGAGCUGGACAAGUUGACAGCUCAGUUAAAAGAUAUGAGAAGAAACUCUCGCCUGGGCGUGCUGUAUGACCUAGACAAGCAAAUUAAAACAAUCGAAAGGUACAUGAGACGCCUGGAGUUUCACAUUAGUAAGGUAGAUGAACUCUAUGAAGCUUAUUGUAUCCAAAGACGCCUCCAAGAUGGUGCCAGCAAAAUGAAGCAAGCCUUUGCAACGUCCCCUGCCAGCAGAGCUGCUCGGGAGAGUCUCUCUGAGAUCAGCCGGAGCUACAAAGAGUACACAGAGAAUAUGUGCGCCAUUGAAGCAGAGCUGGAGAAUCUGCUGGGGGAGUUCUCCAUCAAAAUGAAAGGUCUGGCUGGCUUUGCUCGUCUCUGUCCUGGAGAUCAAUAUGAAAUUUUUAUGAAGUAUGGCCGACAGAGGUGGAAACUGAAAGGCAAAAUAGAAGUCAAUGGCAAACAGAGCUGGGAUGGAGAAGAAAUGGUUUUCCUGCCCCUGAUAGUUGGGUUAAUUUCCAUCAAGGUCACAGAGCUCAAGGGACUGGCAUCUCACAUCCUGGUGGGCAGCGUGACCUGCGAGACCAAAGAGCUGUUUGCAGCCCAUCCUCAGGUGGUGGCCGUUGACAUCAAUGACCUUGGCACCAUCAAACUGAACCUGGAAAUCACCUGGUAUCCGUUUGACGUGGAGGACAUGACCCCAUCCUCAGGCACUGGGAACAAGGCGGCCGCCCUCCAGCGGAGAAUGUCCAUGUACAGCCAGGGCACCCCGGAGACACCCACCUUCAAAGAUCACUCCUUCUUUUCGAAUCUACCCGAUGACUUUGAGAAUGGAAAGGCAGUUGAAGAGAAAAUGCCGCUAUCCCUCAGCUUCAGUGACCUGCCCAAUGGGGACUGUGCCCUGCCCUCCAACUCAGCUGGCUCUCCCUCCAAGACAUGCCCAGCAAAUCCAGAAAUCACCAUCACCCCUGCAGAGCUGAACCACAGCAGCCUGUCCUCCCAGAAUAAAGGCACAGAAGACACUAGCUCAGCAUCUUCCAGAGGCUCCUCGGCGGAAAGCCAAGAGCCAAAGUCAGACAUGGAGGACCACGCAGAGCGUGAGAAAGCUGCCUCGGCCACGUCUGAGACCUGCCAGCAGUCUGCAGGAGCUGGGGCUGACCGCCUGUUCCUGGAGAGUGACGUUGCAGAGGUUCUUCUGGAAGCGUCCAAUGAGGCCUCUGAACUGAAGCCUGUGGAACUGGACGCUUUUGAAGGCAACAUCACGAAGCAGCUGGUCAAGAGGCUGACUUCCACGGAGGUGCCGGUGGUCACGGAGAGGUUGCUCUUCGAAGGCUCUGUCAGUGGGGAAUCCGAAGGCUGUAGAUCCUUUCUGGAUGGAAGCUUAGAGGAUGCCUUUAGCGGGCUUUUCCUUGCAUUAGAACCACAUAAAGAGCAGUAUAAAGAGUUUCAGAAUCUGAACCAAGAAGCCAUGCAUCUGGAUGAUAUUCUGAAAUGCAAGCCACCAGUAAGCCGCAGCAGGUCUUCCAGUUUAAGUCUUACAGUUGAAAGUGCUUUAGAAAGCUUUGAUUUCCUGAACACCUCUGACUUUGAUGAGGAGGAGGAGGACGGUGAGGAGGUUUGUAAUGUUGGAGGAGGUGCUGACUCAGUAUUUUCAGAUACUGAGACUGAGAAAACUAGUUACAGGUCAGUACAUCCGGAAGCCAGAGGGCAUCUUAGUGAAGCACUGACUGAAGACACAGGAGUUGGGACCAGUGUGGCAGGAAGCCCUCUCCCACUGACCACAGGAAAUGAAAGCCUUGACAUCACCAUCGUUAGGCACCUACAGUAUUGCACCCAACUCGUUCAGCAAAUUGUGUUUUCAAGCAAAACCCCCUUUGUCGCAAGAAAUCUCCUAGAGAAACUUUCUAGGCAGAUCCAAGUGAUGGAGAAACUCGCAGCAGUCAGUGAUGAGAACAUCGGAAACAUUGGUUCUGUCAUCGAAGCCAUACCGGAAUUCCACAAGAAGCUGUCUUUGCUCUCCUUCUGGACCAAGUGCUGCAGCCCAGCUGGUGUCUACCAUAGCUCAGCUGACAGAGUGAUUAGGCAGCUGGAGGCCAGCUUUGCCAGAACUGUCAACAAAGAGUAUCCAGGACUCGCAGACUCAGUGUUCCAGACCCUGGUAUCCCAGAUUCUGGACCGGGCUGAGCCUCUCCAUUCCUCCAGCCUCUCCCUAGAAGUCGUCACUGUUUUCCAGUAUCACAGUUACUUUGCCAGCCAUGGUGUCAGCGACCUGGAGAGUUACUUGAUCCAGCUAGCCAAGCAAGUUUCCAUGGUUCAGACACUGCAGUCACUAAGAGAUGACAAACGGCUACAGACCAUGACUGACCUUGCACCUGGCAAACUUCCGGCCCAGCCGGAAGUACUCAGGACGCUAGCUCUGAUGUUAACCGAAGACAACAAUGAAGUUAGUGAGGCUGUGACUCUUUACUUGGCAGCAGCCUCCAAAAACCAACACUUCAGGGAAAAGGCCUUGCUCUAUUACUGUGAAGCACUAACACAGGCAAACCUCCAACUCCAGAAGGCAGCUUGCGUGGCCCUGAGAAGCCUUGAGGCUACUGAAAGCAUUAAAAUGCUGGUAAUGCUAUGUCAGUCUGAUACAGAAGAAAUCAGAAAGGUGGCCUCAGAAACCCUCCUGUCUCUUGGAGAAGCUGGACGGAUAGCAUAUGAACAGCUGGACAAAUUUCCCCGAGACUGUGUUAACGUCGGAGGUCGUCAUGGAACUGAAGUUGCCACAGCCUUUUAAUUACAAUUUAACUCUACCCAACAGCUAAGUGUCUUCAUGUCUGGCCCUUUUCAUCAGAAUGGUGCUGUAAUUUAGCUGGGAAGUGUUUAAAACGUGAAGCGUUCUGCUUAGGGUGUCAGGAAAUGUGAUGUGUUAUAGAAAGAACUCAAAGUCCAGUUGCACAGUACCUAUUCACUUUUCCCUUUAGCCAAUGGACUAGGGCUCUGUAUAGUUCAGUAAAUUACGUCGUUGAUUCUUCUGACAAUACGUAGUGAGAGAGUCCAUCUUAGCUAAUGUGUAUAGAACUUUAAAACAGCCAUCUUUGUACUUUGGGGGAAGAUCUUCUAUAGUCACGUGAUACUUUGAUAAAUAUCAUCUGCCUUGCAGUUUUUCUCUGUCUCGUUCUCAGGGUUAAGUGGUCCCCAUAGCUACCUAAUUUUACUUUACAUACAAAGCACAAAGAAGAAUUUCUUCAAAUAAAAGUUUGCUUGCAGAACCUGAUAAAAUGACCCAUUUUGAGAGUUUCUUUUUUUUUUAAGCUCUCUUUAUAGCUUGUGUUUGUUUUCUCCGUUCUGGAAAUUCCGAAAUCAUGUUUCCAUUAUAGUAAAAAGAACUACCUUAUUAAGAUUAUACCCAUAGUCUUUCUUUAAAAAAAAACAAAAAAAAAACUCAAAGCUUUUUUUUUUUUUUUCCAAA